UCUCAGAAGGAAAAAAAAAAAAGGAAAUUGGGAAAUUCUCAGAGACCAUAAUGGGGCGCCAUUCUUGCUGUCUAAAGCAGAAACUAAGGAAAGGGCUUUGGUCACCUGAAGAAGAUGAAAAACUCUUCAAUUACAUUACUCGUUUUGGUGUUGGCUGCUGGAGUUCUGUCCCUAAACUUGCUGGUUUGCAAAGGUGUGGUAAAAGUUGUAGACUGAGAUGGAUCAAUUACUUAAGACCUGAUUUGAAAAGAGGAAUGUUCUCUCAACAAGAAGAGGAUCUCAUUAUCAGUUUACACGAAGUCCUUGGGAACAGAUGGGCUCAGAUUGCCGCUCAAUUACCGGGAAGAACAGAUAAUGAGAUUAAGAAUUUUUGGAAUUCAAGCUUGAAGAAGAAACUAAUGAAGCAAGGAAUUGACCCAAAUACUCACAAGCCAAUAAUCAACAUUCAAGAAAUCAAAGAGAAGAAGAUCUUUGAAGAUAGAGAAUUCCCUCAAAUCCCACCGGUUCAAGGAGUACUCGGGGGUGGCGGCGGAGUCAGCUCCGCUGUCGGGGGGAACCAAGGACCAGCAUUUCUCCUCGGUGGUACCGACUACUACGAUGGCGGGUUAACGACGACCACACCAAUUAUUCGAGACCAUUUGAUGAACAACAAACAAGCUUUGGUUGAUUCACUCUGUUUUUACGAGUUCCAAACAGGCCUGGAUUCUUGCAACUACAACACCACCACCAACAACAACAACAAUUUCGAAACCACUCAAUACCAAACGAAUGUGCAGAGUUUCGGAUUCAAUUCGGUGCCGAGUUUGACGAAUUCCGAUCACGGAAGCUUGUCGGGGACAGAGUUUUCAGAGAAUUCGGGUUCGAAUAUCAGCAACUAUGGAGGAUUCUACAUGAACAACAACAACAACAAUAAUGGAGCAGUGGAUAAUUCAACAUUUUGUUCAUGGGAAAAUGAUAACAAUAAAUUGGAAAGCUAUUUUCAAAUUGAAGUGAAUAAUAAUAACAACAAUAAUAAUAACAAUGGGAUAAAGUCAGAGGAAUUGAAGAAAGUAACAGGAGGAGGUUCUUCAAUGUUCGAUGGGCAGCUAAUACAGAGUCGAAGCUCAAUAGAUUUCAGUAGCUAUCCAUUAAUGUCACUCUCACAACAUAUUACUGCAGCCAAUUUUGGGGUUUUCCACCAUUUCUGAACAAACACUAACUGUACAUUAUUCUCAAUCUUUCUUUUUUCUUUUGUUCAUCCAUUUCUGAAAAAAAAAAAAAAAUACACACAGAUGUUGAUAGAUAAAAAAGUUUGAGGUGAAAAUAUUUUUUUCUUUCUUUUGUAAUAUUUGUUUUAUGAUGACUUGAAAUAAUGUGAAGAGUGAACCGUUUGAUUGAUUUUUAUGUCACGAGACCAUUCAUAUCCAAUAAUGAAAAGUUGCAUACUUUAAUUU